GAGGCGGUGGGCUGGAAUGCGGGGAACCUCGCCGAGGUGUGCGGCUGCUGGAAGCUCCGUGGACGGGCGGUGAGGGGGGAGAGACCGCCCGGGUUCAGGGUCAAAGCGGCUGGCUUCGCCGCCCCGGCGCUUGCACUUGGGCCGCUGUGUUUUCCAGCACCAGGGUGGGUCCCACCGGCCACGUUUGGCAUUUAGAGAAUUCGCACAGGCGUCGCUCUCUCCUCUGCGGCCGAAGACUUGGCGUCUCUGCGGAGAGUUUUUAUCCCAAGCAGCGGAGGAGAAGAAGGGAAGGGGGUGGUGGUGGGGUUGUCCCUGGCGCACCCGGGACUGUCCCUGGCGCACCCGGGACUGUCACAGCCUGUUAUCAUCCAAGGACUGGGGUCAAUACCGCAAGCCCGCCUCUCAUUCGAUGGUCGAAAUAGUUGGAUCGAUCGAACUUCCUGAUCUUUUUUUCUUGAGCGGUGGGGAAGGGAGACCCGACUCCGGUGACCCAGGUGACCAGAACAAGAAGCACUAAUUUGGCUUUGGGUUACUCCUGACUUUUCAGCUGUUUGACAGACUGUGACCUUGGGUUUGUUUUGCAUUGGAGGAACUGUUAAAAGAGCAAAGCUUUGAGAAUGCUGCAGCAAAUAUUGGACACCAUGUACAUUGAACCAGAGCUUCUGGCUGAACUAAAUGAAGAACAAAAGCAGAUACUGUUUUUUAAAAUGAGACAGGAACAGAUUCGAAGGUGGAAGGAAAGGGAAGAAAAACUGGAGCCGAAGGAAAGAGAGCCUCCAACAAAAAAUGGGAAAUCAGUGAAUUGGUUGCUGGCAGCGGAUAACGACGUGUGGGUCUGGGUAAUGGGUGAAGGCUCAGGAGACAAACCCUAUGACCAAAUCUGUGAUGAAAUAAUUGCAGAGAGAGCAAGGCAACAAGCUCAGAAAGAGGCAGGAGAACUGAGGAAGGUAAAAGAAAAGGAACUGAUCCGAAGAUUCUCUGCCUCACUUAAGAUGGGGGAGAAGGGCAUCAAGAGACAGAAAGAGUUUGAGAAGAAAGCUGAAGCAGGUCAGGCCUCAAAAGCAGCCGCCGAAGAUGAGCGAAUCCAGAUGGAACUUAAGCAAAAAGAGGAGGAAGAACGCAGGAGACAAGAGGAGGAAAUCAAGCGUCUGGAAGAGGAGAGAACCCAGCAGUUGUACAUUAACUUGAAGGAAGCUCAAGAAAUGGUGCAAAGAAAUGAAAAGGAAGAUCCAGAAUGGCGCGAGAUCUUAAGGAAAUCCAAGGCAGCUGAUGAAAGGCGGAGGUCAAUAGCUAAGCAGGCACGGGCUGACUAUAAACGCCACUCUCUAAAGGCAAUCGAGAGGGGAAAGGUGUCUGCAAUGACACAGAAUUUCCAAAGUCCGCAGCCUCCUGUGAAACCUCCCGUUGCCCAACGUAAAUAUGCAAUUAAUCGAAAGGACUGCAAUGUGAGAAAAGACGUACAAACCCAGAAAUUGAGCAGCAAUGGCCAUGAGAGAAUCAUCAAAUGGUUCAGAGAGCAGCAGGUCCCACUCCGAGCAGGUUAUGAAAAAGACUGUGACAUCAUAGCUCCCUGGUUUCAUGGUGUUAUAACCAGGCAAGAGACAGAGGAGCUUCUGAGGAAGAAAGGGGCUGGGGCAUUUCUAAUCCGCAUCAGUGAGCGGAUAAUUGGUUAUUGCUUGUCUUACCGAAGCAGAGACGGGUUUAAACACUUCUUGAUUGACUCCUCGAAGGACUCGUACACCUUCUUUGGUGUAGACCAGUUACAGCAUGCGACGCUAGUGGACCUGGUGGAGUAUCACAAGGUGAAUCAACAACUGCUAGAAGAUUUUCUUCUUUCCUUCUUCCUCCCAGUGAUGGAAAGCAUUUUGAAUAGUGAAUGGAAAUGGCUGGUGACCUAGGGGCUCAAGUUCACCACCUUCUGCAGAAACAAGUGGUCUCACAAAUACAGUAACACUUGAUUUAAUUCCUUCAUGGGCUGUGACCAUCACUGGCAGGGUCAGCAUUUAUUCCCCACCUCUAAUGCCUUUGAGAAGAUGCUGGUGAGCCAAUGCCUGGCAAAUGUAUCAGUUUGGUACAACUGAGUGACUUGCUAGGCCAUAUCAGAGGGCAGUUAAGUGUCAGUCACGUUGCUGUGGAACUGGAGUCACAUUUAAGUCAGACCAGGGAAGGACAGCAGUUUCCUUUCCUUUAUGGUCAUUGUGAACCAGAUGGGUUCUUUUUUUCAACACUUCAGUGUUUUCAUUCUCACUAUUACUGAUGAGUCUUUUAUUCCAGAUUUAUUUAACAAACCAAAUUUCCAUUACUUUUUCUGAGGCUGUAUUUUAAAACCCAAAAAGUCAAGUGACAAACUUUUUUUUAAGUUUCUAAAACAUAAAACCACAGAACUGCUCAUCAAAUCCAUUCAAUGUAUUAGUCACUCCAUCACAGGGCUGAACUAUACAGGGUAAAAAGUCAGUGGUGAGCCCGCCGAGAAUUAAACCAGCUACCUGCAAUCAUUUAUCAACCAAUAAUAGACCAGAGGUUAUCAACCAAUAAGCUGUUGAUAAACCAGAGGUGGGACUUCCACCCUUCUGGAUUUGGAAGUCCAGCUCCAUUGAGCUGCUGACCGGUUUGAGGCCGGUAGCUUUCCAGUACUGGCAGUGCCACCAGGAGCAGUGGUCAGUGCCAGUACUGCACUUGGUGCUUAAGGCGGUAAGCUGUGCUGGAUCCAGCUCAGCAGGCGAGUCAAGUGUCUCCCUGGGUAUCAGGCUGGCAGGCCCUGGCAAUGUGAGUGGGGG